UUGAGGGGAUUUGGGGCUUUGGGAUGGGGAAUUCGGGGAAAUUUUGGGAAUUGGGAGUUUGGAAGUCUGGAAAUUCUCCCAAAAUCCCCCAGAAUUCCCCAAAUUUUCCCAAAUUCCCAGGAAUUCAAGCUGAUGUUUGGGAUGCUUUUCUCGCUCCGCUCCUUCGUGGCCAAGAUGAGCCCCACGGACAUGCGGGACGGGUUCGUGUCGUUCCACACCAGCAAGUACCGGCUGCAUUACCUGGAGACGCCCUCGGGGCUGCGCCUGGUGCUCAACACCGACCUGGGCGUGCCCAGCGCCCGCGAGGCGCUGCAGCACAUCUACAGCAACGUGAGCACCCAAAUCCCAA